AACAGCAGAUGUGUGUGUGUGCAGUUCAUUACAGGAUCAGCUGAUCUUCAGGAUGGUGUUCUUCACGUGUAACGCCUGCGGAGAGUCGUUGAAGAAAGCUCAAGUGGAGAAACACGUGCUGAAGUGUCGUGGAUGUCAGGUGUUGUCCUGCAUCGACUGCGGGAAAGAUUUCGGGGGUGACGAUUACAAGAACCACAACAAAUGCAUCAGUGAAGAUCAGAAAUACGGAGGGAAAGAUUUCCAGGCGAAAGCCAAUAAAGGCGACAUGAAGCAGCAGCAGUGGAUUCAGAGGAUCCAGGAGGCCAUGAACAGACCCGGCGUUGAGUCCCGACUGCGGCAGGUUCUGGAUCAGGUCAGCUCGUACGAUAACGUGCCCAGGAAGAGAGCAAAGUUUCAGAAUUGGAUGAAGAACAGUCUGAAGAUACACAACCUGAGUUUAGUGGAGCAGGUGUGGGAGAUCUUCUCAUCCGCCGCCAACAGCGACGGCGGCCUUCAAACAAACGAGAAACCAGACGGAUCCGCUGAGAGUCAAACAAACCUCAAGAAUGGAGCUGACGCCGAACAGAACGGAGAAAACGACAAGAGCAAACGAGAGAAGAAACACAAACGAAAGAACGAGAUCUCCGAGCUGAACGGAGAAAACGACAACAGCAAACAAAGCCGAAAAAAGAGAAAACGAGAAGAGAACGGAGAGAAGAUGAGCAAAAAAUCACAACAAGAGGAGGUUGACCAAUCAGAGAGUCUAAACCCUGAGGGGGAGGAGUCAGUGAAUCAGGAGGCGGAGUCUGAGUCUAACUCUAGAGGGAAGUUUAAUUGGAAAGGGACGAUAAAAGCUGUUUUAAGAGACGCGCCUGAUGAAGGACUCGCUGUCAAAAAACUCCGUAAGAAGAUUCUAGCAGCGUAUUAUUCCUUCAGCGGAGACUCGAACUUCAGAUCAGAAGAAGAGCUGCUCUCUCUGUUCAACAAGAAGAUCAACAACAACCCAAAGAUUAAAGUUCUGAAAGAUAAAGUCAGACUCGUCAAAUGAGCUCACUUUAUCUUACUGUAAUAAACACCUGUCCGUCACACCUGUCCAUCCCACCUGCCCGUCACACCUGUCCAUCCCCACCUGUCCAUCCCCACCUGCCCGUCCCCACCUGUCCAUCCCCACCUGCCCGUCCCACCUGUCCAUCCCCACCUGUCCAUCCCCACCUGCCCGUCCCACCUGCCCGUCACACCUGUCCAUCCCCACCUGCCCGUCCCACCUGUCCAUCCCCACCUGUCCAUCCCCACCUGCCCGUCCCACCUGCCCGUCCCACCUGCCCGUCACACCUGUCCAUCCCACCUGCCCGUCACACCUGUCCAUUCCCACCUGUCCAUCCCCACCUGCCCGUCACACCUGUCAAUCGCUUUUAUUCUCUUGAUUUACAGCUGUUGAACAUUCAUUAGCAAUUAAAGGUCCAAUGAAAUUGCUUUAUUUUUUCUUAAUUCCAUGUUUUAAAGUCUAAUAACAUGUUAUCCUCAUAAACUGUUUAAUAAAAUGAAUUGAUUUUAA